CUAUUAUUUCUCACACUAUAAAUUCUCAUACUUCGCCAUAAUUACGACACUGCCAUCCGCAAGCUCCACCAUUCGCAAAUCGCGAUAGUGGGGAAUGGCGUUUCCGUAAAUACGAUGCCAAUUCGAUUACCCAUUACCUCACGCCACCUCCUUCUUGACAAGAUACCAACCGCCAAAAACUCAAGAAAAAAGGGGUCUCAAUUUCACCCCCUUGAAAUUUUUAGGGUUUCGAUUCUCUUGAAAUAAAGCCAUGUCAAAGAGGGUUCUUUGCAAGUUCUUUGCACAUGGAGCAUGUUUAAAAGGGGAACAUUGCGAGUUCUCACAUGAUUGGAAGGACCCAUCAAAUAAUGUGUGCACCUUCUACCAGAAAGGAGUCUGUUCUUAUGGAAGCCGAUGCAGAUAUGAACAUGUUAAAGUUUCUCGAUCACAGUCCUCCACUGCAUCUUCGUCCACAAUUUCUCACCAAUUUUUGGUUUCUGAUUCCACUGCUGUCACUUGUUCUUCUAGGACUGCAUCUGGUGGGUUGACUACAGUCCCAGGUCUUACUUCGGAGCUUUCAGCUUCAAGUAGACCUUUCUUCCCCCCUGCAAAAGUGUCAUGGAAUCAAACAUCUGGGCAUCGAUCUUUGUUAGACAUUGAUGAUGUUGAUGACUCUAAGAGCCUUGAUCCAGCUGAUCUUUCAAUCUGCUCAUUUGCUGCCGCUGGUUGUUGUCCACGUGGGGACAAAUGUCCUCAUAUCCAUGGGCAUUUAUGUCCCUCCUGUGGAAAGCAUUGCUUGCAUCCUUUCCGACCCCAGGAGAGAGAGGAACAUAUAAAAACAUGCGAGAAAAAGCAAAAUCACCUGGAGGCAUUAAAGCAUAGUCAAGAUAUAGAAUGCAGUGUGUGCCUUGAACGUGUUCUUUCGAAGCCAACAGCAGCUGAACGAAAGUUUGGAGUACUAUCAGAGUGUGAUCAUCCAUUCUGUAUAUCUUGUAUCAGGAAUUGGCGUAGUAGUUCCCCAACCUCUGGAAUGGAUGUGAACUCUACAUUGAGGGCCUGCCCAAUAUGUAGAAAGGUUUCAUACUUCGUCAUUCCUAGUGUCAUUUGGUAUUCUACGAAAGAAGAAAAGCAGGAAAUUGUUGACAGCUACAAAGCAAAACUCAGGUCUAUUGAUUGCAAGCACUUUGACUUUGGAAACGGAACUUGUCCAUUUGGGACUAGUUGUUUUUACAAGCACACUGUCAAGCCAGGCUCAUACUUGUGGAACAGUACUCUCAUGACUGAUGUGUACAGCUCCAGUUUUCCAGAUAUGGAUGCCAUAGAAUUCAGCUCCCACAGCUUUGAUAAUCAUGCAUAUCGUGAUGGUCGUUUGGAGGAAGUGGUUUUGCGUCAUCUUGGGGCUGAAGAUGGUCAUACAGUGAUUGCUAAGAAUAUAAGGCUCUCGGACUUCCUCAGAAGUUUGCACAUAAGGUGAAUGCAUGUUUUGAGCUUCCAGGGAUCUGUAUGAUAGAGAUGACAUCUACUAUAUCAGGAAACAGAAGGGUCUGGUCACUUAAAUAGACAUGUCCAUCUCUGCAUGCUGUAAAGAAAAAAAUCACAGCUUAACAAACCAAAAACCCCUGAGAUUGCCACCGAUGUACUCCAGUUACUGUAGGUGUAUUUCUCAUCUUUAAAUUGUUUCAUAGCCUCCAGUAACAAUUUCGUGGUUGUUUAGCUUGCGUUCAGUUAUUUUGUAUAAUAUAACAUGUAAUUUAUAAAGUUUCACACUUGGCCAUUUCACCAAAAGUUAGUCAUGUGAUGCACCUAAUUUUUAUCAUUAUUGGACUGGUAAAUGUGCAUCCAUAAGCUAUUGUGCUGCUGAUUAUUUAUGGAAUAUACAAUAUUGAGCCAUCCCAUUGAGGUCCCUUUAAGUUUCUUGCGGGUGUGUUGUAAUUUCUUCUGUUUUAGAUUUUUGUUCACAAGGCUACUCAUCGCAUCCAUUAGCAACUCCCCAGCCUGUUCUCCCAAUUUAUCUGUGUUUUGGAUGACUGAUGUUAUUUUUAGUGCUCAUUUGAAGUAACAAGGCCUUCUCUUGAAGAAGUCCUAAAACCACAACUACGAAUGAUUGCCCCGCGGGGUAAACAUGCUUGAAUUCUUCAAAGAAAAUUUUCCUUUCUCCAAUCAUUCCUGUUGGCUUGGUUUAUAUAUAUUCUGCUCAGGUCCUUGUCAUAAUUGGUACCUUCAGUAAGAAAAUUUGGCUCCCUGUAUUGCCCAAAUGAUAUUUACAAUUCCCAACCGAAGUGUUCAACUAUAUUCCAUGGACUUAAGUGCGAGUUUUAGGUGGUGCAGGUGCGUAUCUAAGUGUCUGACUUUACAUAAAUCCAAAUUUUAGUGGAUAUAUAUCCAAAAGUUGGAUAAGGGUAUGGGGAUGUGUUUUGAACACUUUGCAUAUUAUAUACUGUUCUUAGAUUAGAUGUUGUAAAUUAUGUAAAAAUAUACUUACAAUUAAAUAAAAACUAGGAGAAAUAUGGAAUUUCUAUAUCAAAUCGGUAUCAGAGUUUAGAAAUGCUUCUUUACUGGAAAAUGUAAGUUUCAUCUUUUUUCAGACAAUAAUUUACUUGAUUUUGCAAAAUUUUGUUGGCUUUUCUGUUUCCCAAAUUAUGUUAUAUUUUUACUUUAUUGGGUUUGUUGAUACCUGGGCAAUUCAUCUAGAAUGUUGUAUACCUCUGAUUCUCACUGUUGUGUGCUUCCAC